CCUAUCCAAAUUCCAUCAAAUCGAUCAAAAUGGCCGAGGAAAAGAUGACAGCCAAUGUUCCAGCUGAUGCUGAAGAAGGAAGAGUUUUUGUUGUUGAGUCGAAUCGUCGAGAUGAAAUGAUCAAGCUUGUUCUUCUCAUCAUCCUCAUCGUCAUUUUCCCACCAGCAGCAGUAGCCGUCCACGCUAACGAAUGCAACAUGCACGUCUUCAUCUCUCUGAUUCUCGUGUUUUUCUUCAUGAUUCCAUCCUACAUCCACGCCAUCUGGUAUUGCUUCUUCCGUAAACCAACACAGAUGACCAUCUCCUAAAUUACUGUAACUACAGUAAUCCUUCUUAAUCAAGCUUAAUCAUCCAUGAUCAUAAUCGAACGCUUUAUCUAUCAAGCAUUUCUUCCCUACUUUUACAUCCAUUCGGAUUCAUUUACAUUGGAUUAUUGAGGCAAUAUUAAUAUUAAUUGUACCAUAUUGUGAUUUUGUAUUCUCAAUCAAUAAAAGUAUUCGACAU